UAUGUCUGCGUCAUUUAGGCUCCGAUCAUUGCGUCUGAUGGAAAACAAGUCUUUAUCUUGGGUAGACUAUGCUGUAUUCGGUCUUAGCCUGUGCCUAUCAUUAGGAACAGGCGUGUACCAUGCCAUAAGAAGCCACUUUCUGCUUCGAGAUGGCUCGGUAAAGACAACGGCAAAAGAUGAAUACCUCAUGGGAGGGCGCAAGAUGCCCCCUGUUCCAGUCGCCCUUUCGCUUUUGACAACGUUUCUCUCAGGAAUCCUCAUGCUCGCAAUGCCAGCAGAGAUGUUCGAGAAAGGUGCUCAAAUUUGGGUGAAUUUUGUCACUGGCGUGUUGGCCUUUCUAAUCACUUGCCUUGUAUUUCUGCCAAUCUUCCACAAAAUGAAAUGCACAUGCUUACACGAGUAUUUUAUACACAGGUACAACUCGACACUUAUUCGUCAACUGUUUUCUUUCUUAUUUCUUUCACUUACGGUGAUCUAUCUGUCCAUAGUGAUUUAUGCCCCUGCUGUUGCUUUAUCUCCAGUACUCCACAUUCCGAAGUGGUGGCUAAUUCUGAUAUUUGGUCUUUGUACCACACUUUAUACCUGCAUUGGCGGCUUGAAAGCAGUUGUAUGGAGCGAUUCAUUGCAGGCAAUCCUCAUGUACAGUGGAGUAGUCGUGCUAAUAGUACAAGGGCUUAGAAAUCCCAGAGUUGGCGGUAUUGAAAGGGUGUGGACGAUAGCGAUGGAGAGCGGAAGAACAUCAGAGCUGUUUAGAUUUGAUCCAAGACUAGAUCAGUAUAGCAGCGUUUGGAUCAACGUCGUGUCAGGUACCAUCACUUGGUUGGCGUGGUUUGGUGUGAAUCAGUUGGCGAUGCAACGUUAUGCGAGUCUUCCCAACCUAAAACAAGCCCAGCAAAUUAUCUAUUGGACGCUUGCUCCCUUCACUAUCCUCUGCUCUGCAGUCGCUUUCAUUGGAUUCAUUGCAUUGGCAUAUUUCUACAACUGCAACCCUAUUGAGACUGGUCAAAUCACUGAAACAGAUCAUCUAACCAUUAUAUUUGCAAAAGAUGUUUUACAGCCGACCCCAGGUCUUUUUGGACUAUAUAUCUCCUGCAUAAUGUCUGCAACCCUAUCGACCUUGUCUAGCGGAAUGAAUAGCAUGGCAGCGGCAGUAUAUGAAGACUUCAUAAAAACUUCAAUGGAUGGGCGGAUCACUGACCAUCAGGCUACUCUUGUAAACAAGGCCAUUGUCGUUCUCGGAGGAGUUGUAUCCACAGCCCUAGCAUUUUCAGCAGAGUCACUCGGUGGAAUACUCAGGGUAACCAUAAGUGUCAUGGGCGCUAUAUCAGGGCCAAUGGUAGCUAUUUUCGUGCUGGCUAUGUUCUUUCCUAAAACAGGAUUUUGGAGUUGUUUGAUCUCUUUUGUGGUCUCCAACAUUAUUAUGGUUGCAAUCUGUAUGGCUAAUUAUAUUGAAGACCCCUACCGUGACUAUUUCCUACCAACAAACUCUAGCGUGACUGGAUGCGAAUCACAGAAUUAUACCGUAAGACAAUUACCUUCAUAUGAUGCUCACUAUGGGAAUCAAGAAGCAAUGUACAUAUCGAGAAUAUCAACAUAUUCCUAUGGUGGACUUGGCUUCUUUAUAAUGAUAGCCAUAGGAAUUGCUGUUCACUUUGUAAUACCAGAAGAGAAACCGAAAAACAUUCGGCACUUGACGUUUGCCGGGCGAAACGACCCUUGGCCGGACUCUAAACAACACGAAUAUGAUCACUUUAUUGAUAAAUGAACAUUUUCUCUCAUAUGUAAAUAAAUUGUACUUUGA